AUGAAAACAAUAAAUGCGAUUGUUGCUUUAAUAUUAUACUUUUCUUGUUUUUCCAAGGGCGUCCUGGCUUACAAAAAGUAUUAUGUGUAUAUGUGUCAAGCCCUAGUUAAUGAGUUCAAUCUUGACUGUGGAAACUCAACGUUUUACGAAUGCAGAUGUAAGAGUUCAGUCUUUAUGCCGUCUCUUAUAAGAUGUCUUGAAGAUUACAAUCUUUCAGAAAAGGCAUUAUCACGCGAAAUAGAUACCAUCAUUUUCAACUGCAAUGAAUACGGAUAUAUGAAUGUCACUACCGAAAUAAUUGAAGAGAUAUAUGAAGAAAACAAAGAUCAAUUCAUUACUGUUGAAGAAUUUGGAACUAAUUUGACUGCACCGCUCACUAAGCCAAUUAUCAUGCCCGAAUACAAUAUGACUAUGGCUUACAAAAGUAUUAACAUGUUUUACUGGCAGCUUGCAACAGGUGAAAAUUAUGGCGGUAUCAUUCUUUCUUAUUGGUGUGGUGUCUUUUUGAUUGCAAUUGCUAUCAAUUUCAUUAAAAAAGCAGCCCCUCAUGUUUUUUUGAAAAUGAAUAGUCCAGUUGUUAUAAAGUUCCGUCAAAUGUUUGUUACCCCGGCCACCUUUGGGUUUAAACAUUCGAUCCCAAUUGGAUGCUUUAAAAACAUCAUUGCAAUGGCUACUCCUACUCGUGCUCAAUCAUUGAUUGUUUUUGGGUAUCUCACUAUGUGCCUUAUUCUGGGAAUGAUUAAAUAUGAACCCUUCGAGCCCAAUAUUUGGUUUCCAGACCAACAUGAACAGUUGAUUCGUUAUAUUGCUGAUAGAACUGGUAUUAUGUCUACAACUCAAAUACCCCCAAUUUUUCUUUUUGCUGGCAGAAACAAUUUACUUCAAUGGCUGACUGGAUGGUCGUUUGAUACAUUCAAUGUGUAUCAUCGAUGGGUUGCCAGAGUCAUGGUGUUUUAUGCUUUUAUGCACUCAGUUUGCUAUACGUGGCUCGAACGUGACUGGCUUUCUUAUGAGUUUCAAUGGAGAUAUUGGAGAUGGGGUGUUGUGGCCACUAUUACUUGCUGUAUCAUGUUGGGACAGAGUAUAUUCAUUCUUCGAUCAAAAUUCUACGAAUUCUUUCUUCUCUUUCACAUUGCUUUGGCGGUGUUUUUUGUUAUUGGAAUGUGGUAUCACAUUGUAGAAAUGGGCUGGAUGAACUGGAUGUAUUCCACCAUUGCAAUUUGGGGUUUUGACAGAGCUGUUCGUCUUGGAAGAUUGAUAUGGUCGGGAGUUGGCACAUCUCAGACCAAAAUUUAUCCAAAUGAUAUUUUUAAAAUGACCAUUGAUUAUUCUAAAAGAUGGAAGGCCUAUCCUGGAUCUUAUGUUUAUGUUCAUAUUUUGCGUCCUUGGGGUUUCUGGGAAUCACACCCAUUCACCGUUUACCAAUCUGCUCUUCCAGAGAACGAGGGCAAACUUAUGAUCGGUGGCACUGUGAAAGAAGGAAUGACUAAAAAGAUUGCCAAGGAUUUGACAAAAGCUGGUGGAGAAAAAACAAUUAAGGUUCUUAUCGAUGGUCCGUAUGGUGCUUGUCACGAUGUUGCUCGUUAUGACACAGUGAUCUUUGUGUGCGGUGGUAUUGGUGUAACUAGUGGUCUUUCUUAUACAAUGGAUAUCAUCAAAAAUAAGUAUCACGACCAACAUUUAAUUUUCUUAUGGGUCACUCGCCACCAGUCUUCUUUAGACUGUUUUGAAGAUGAAUUUAAGUUUUUGGCACAAAGCGACAAAUGUGAUGUGGAAAUUUAUCUUACUAGCCCUGACGCUAAUAGCAGUGAUGAUAGCUGCAGCGACAAUGAAAAGAAGUUGAGUGAUACAGGUAGUGACAACUCCAACAGUAGAUAUUCUGUGAUUAAAGGCCAAAGACCAGAUGUUGCAACGCUUUUACCCACUUACAUUAGCCAGUCUAAGGGUACUACAGCCGUGAUGGUUUGUGGACCCCCCACUUUGAAUGACUUGGCUCGCCGCACGGUUACGGAUAAUCUCGGCACAGGAAAUGGUCGUGUUGACUAUUUUGAAGAAGCCUUUUCUUGGUAG